AUGGACGGCACACUGCUGAACAGCAGAAGUCAGAUUACUUUAACAACGGCAAAAGCUUUGAGAGAGGCCUUGUCAAGGGGUGUAAAAGUGGUGAUAGCCACUGGAAAAACUCGUCCAGCUGUCAUAAAUGUUCUGAAGAUGGUAGAUUUAGCAGGAAAAGAUGGCAUUGUUUCGGAGUUUUCCCCCGGGGUUUUUCUGCAGGGAUUACUUGUGUAUGGUAGACAAGGCCGGGAAAUUUUUAAAAGGAAUUUAGAUCCAGAUUUCUGUAGACAGGCAUUUUUCUACUCCCUGGAGCAUAAAGUUCCGCUGAUUGCAUUCAGUGAGGAUCGUUGCUUAACAUUAUUUAAUCACCCUCUUGUAGAUUCACUACAUACUAUAUAUCAUGAGCCAGAGGCGGAGAUCAUGCCUUCGGUUGAGCACCUCGUGGCUGGUGUCGACAUACAGAAGCUGAUCUUCUUAGACACUGCUGAGGGAGUGGCUACUUCUUUGCGGCCGUACUGGGCUGAAGCAACAAGAGGUCUUGCCUCUGUUGUCCAAGCUGUACCGGAUAUGCUUGAGAUUGUUCCUUCUGGAACUUCAAAAGGGAGGGGAGUACAAAUGCUUCUCGAUCAUUUGGGUGCCACUGCAAAGGAGAUAAUGGCCAUUGGCGAUGGGGAAAAUGAUGUUGAGAUGCUUGAGUUGGCUUCUCUUGGCAUUGCUUUGAAUAAUGGAUCAGAGAAGGCAAAAGCAGUAGCAGACGUGAUUGGUGCCAGUAACGAUGAAGACGGAGUAGCUGAUGCAAUCUACCGAUAUGCAUUUUGA